GAAUUUAAAUAUCUAUGAGCACAGGGCAUUUCGAUGCUUGCAUGCAGCGAGCCGCCUUUCGUCAAGUUUGGAGAUAAAGUCGAUUAUUUUACAGUGAAAUCGCGUGGCAAGCCCUCUCCCAGAAGCCUUGACUCGACAGCAAGAUACCCGACACCCAGGAGACUGUUUAAUCAUUUACUUCCGAAGCGGCUAUGGAGUCCCUCAUUGAGCAUACCCGUUUUUGGGAUCGAGCACUUUACAUCGCCACCGGAUCUCUAGCAGCAAUUUCCAUAUUUUCGAUAGUCUACAGCUCACGUCCAACAAUACCGAGAAAAUACCAGGGACCCAUUCGUCGGCCCAUAGCCGCGAUCGACAACCAUCCUUAUCAUCAUGAAGCCAUUCCAGGGGGCCGUGAUGUGAACACGCCCUAUGGCCGUACCCGGGUCUACGAAUGGGGUCCCGAGCAUGGCCGCAAAGUCCUGUUCGUGCACGGUAUCAGCACACCCUGCAUCUCGAUGGCGGCAUUGGCAGCAAGAUUGGCCCGCCAAGGUUGUCGUGUGAUGCUUUUCGACCUUUACGGAAGAGGCUACUCAGAUGCUCCAGAUCCGCGGGUGUACCGUCAAGACACUGGACUUUACAGCGCCCAAAUAUUAUCGGCAUUGGCUACUUCGCGGGUUGACUGGAUGGCCGGUUUCACUCUCGUAGGCUACUCAUUAGGCGGCGGCAUUGCUGCAGCGUUCACGUAUCAUUAUCCGGCUCUUGUAGACUCACUGGUCUUGAUCGCGCCGAGCGGCGUCAUGCGACCCAGCCGUAUCAGCUGGAGUAGCAAGGUGCUAUAUGGAGGACUCUUACCCGACUGGUUGGUCUUUCCACUCGUGGCGUACCGUAUCAGAGGAGGGGUUGACGUGCCCACGCUACGUGCGCCGAAGAACUCCGGCGGGAAGAAGGGUCUUGACGUUGCAGACGCUGCCAGAGAAGAGGUUCCUGGAGGUCGGGUGUAUGACGAUGAUUCAGACAACAAGGCGGCUCUGUUCGAAAAUCGACCUCCACUGGACCUGAAUGCUAGUGUGAUUUGGCAAACAACAUCACAUCCUGGCUUCGUUCCCGCUUUCGUCUCGAGCAUUCGAUAUGCACCUAUCCACGAUGAAUACGAGAGAUGGCAGGUGAUUGGCAAGCGCUGUGAAAUGCAGCGUGCCGAGGAGGAUCAACCAGCCGAGUCGAGGGGUUUACUGGAAGGCAGAGUGCUGGUGUUGCUAGGCGCGCAAGAUAAGGUGACACUCGCGGAUGAGACCAUUGAGGAUGCUACUGCUGCGUUUGGACGAGGGAACGUCACCAUCCAGGUUCUUGAUGGCGGGCAUGAUCUACCGUCAGCGAACAGCGAUGCUUGUAUGCAGGCGAUCAUGGAGCACUGGGAAGGGAUCUAGAUGUGCGUGUCCAAUACGCCGCCGAGUCGUAAAUAUUGCAUCAGAAUUCAGCAUACGUAAAUAGUACAUUGAGCGACAUGCCAUAGAUCACCGGAGCUCUGUACCACGAAUAUGGUGCCUCGACAAUUGGUCAGCUUCGGAAGUUUGUUCAACUUGGAUCAAGCUUGGUCCACU